UCCCUGGUCAUUUUUACAAAUGGCGGCCAUUUCGAAGGCAUGAUACUGACCUACUUCCAGUGACUUUUGUAACAUUUAACACUGAUUCCUUACUUGUUGGAUAGAUUUUGUUUUUGAAUGUUUUGUAUGAUAUUCUGUACCAAAAAUGGAUCUAUUGGACUUGUAUAAAGACGCUGCAGAGUGGCUCAUCGAGGCGGCAAAUGAGUGCCAAAAGACUGCCAAUGUGGACAUUGACCUACUUGUGCAGAAUUGCGAGCGAUGUUCCGCCAUGAUUGCUCGAAUCAGGAAAAAGGAGACGGAUCCAAUAAGAAACGCAGCCCUGUCAGAGCUACUGAGGUCCAUGGACUACCAGAUGCAGAUCCUACGUACCAAACAGAAACAGCUAAACAGCACUAGACUGGCACCUGGUGGACACACCACCCAGCCCUGCCUUACAGAGUCUACAGUCUCUAAGAAACAACCAGAUGACAGAAAAACCAGCCGGAGGAUCUCCAUCGAAGACGCUAUCGUGCCUAAAGGAUCCCUAAGGUUCCAGGAUGUGGCUGGGCUGGAGGAAGCCAAGCAAGCGCUGAGAGAGGCCAUCAUUCUCCCCCUGCAGUACCCACACUUAUUCACAGGUGGCACUCUUCAGCUGACAACAUUCCUUAUUGUUUCAGGGGCAAGAAAACCAUGGAGAAGGAUCCUGUUGUAUGGACCACCUGGUACAGGGAAGUCUCGACUGGCCCAUGCACUGUCGUCAGAAAUUGACUCCACUUUCUACUGUGUGUCCAGUUCUGACCUCAUCUCCAGUUGGGUGGGAGAGAGUGAAAAGCUGAUAAAGGAAUUAUUCCAGCAGGCAGCUUACAGGAAGGGAACCUCAGUUAUCUUCAUUGAUGAAAUUGACAGCAUCUGUCGUAAGCGUACGAGUCGUGAAGAGGAACACACGCGGCGGGUGAAGACAGAGUUACUGCGACAGAUGGAGGGAGCCGACACCUCGGCACUGUCUGAGAAAAUCUUCCUCAUGUGCGCCACUAACUGUCCCUGGGAGCUGGACUCAGCUUUCCUGCGCAGGUUUCAGAGAAGGAUCUAUGUCCCUCUGCCAGACAGAGAGUCGAGGAAGGCCCUGUUGAAGAUCCACACCAGUCAGAACGGCGUGCGGCUGACGGAGCGAGAGUGGGACCAGCUGGCAGACCGGACACACGGGUACUCAGGCAGCGACAUCGCCACUGUCAUCCUCGCCGCACUGUUUGAACCAAUCAGAGACCUGCAGAUGGCCACUCACUGGAAACAGACCACAGGUGAUCGGUGGACACCCUGUGGUAGUGAGGAGGUAGGAGCAGUGCAGGGUAGACUGGGGGAGAUGCCUUCUGACCAGGUCUUACCCCGUGACGUCUGUCUGCAGGACUUUGUGACGUCCCUGGCUGCAGCGCACAACACCGUGAGCCAGGGGGAGCUGCAGAAGUUUCAGGAAUUCAGCAACAGUCUGGGCUGAUACGCAAAGUUUAGG